AUGCAAGUUAAAUCGCUAAUUGCCUCUGCUAUCAUCUCUACAUCUGUCGUUGUCGCCGACGACACUUCUUCAACCUGGACCACCUUGACACCAACGGCUACUUACGCUGGUGGUGUCACUGACUAUAGCAACACCUUCGGUAUUGCCGUUGAACCUAUCACUGCUUCUGGUUCUUCUGCAACUGCUAGCGUCACUUCUGCAGCUCAAAAGAAGAGAGAUGCAGUUUCUCAAAUCGGUGACGGUCAAAUCCAAGCCACAACUGCUACUGCUAAGACCACCUCUAGCACUAAGGCCUCCUCUAAGUCUGCCGCUUCUAGUGCUGCGGCUGUCUCUCAAAUCACGGAUGGUCAAAUUCAAGCUACUACCUCCACUAAGGCUACCUCUACCAAGGCCGCUGAAAAAACUGACACUGCUGUCUCUCAAAUUACAGACGGUCAAAUCCAAGCUACUACUAAGGCUAGCUCUACCAAGGCUGCUGAAAGCACUGAAACCGCAGCCUCUCAAAUCUCUGACGGUCAAAUUCAAGCCACCACGAGCUCUACCAGAGACACCACCACCUUGUCUUCUACCAGCUCUACUUCCUCCGCUUCUUCUAGCUCUGAAGUGACCAUUAAAGCUGUCUCUUGCAAGGUCAACGGUACCCUACAGAUGACUUUGAACGAUGGUAUUUUGAAGGAUGAGAAGGGAAGAAUCGGUUCCAUUGUUGCCAACCAACAAUUCCAAUUCGAUGGUCCUCCACCACAGGCUGGUGCCAUCUACGCUGCUGGCUGGGCCAUCACCCCAGAUGGAAACUUGGCUAUCGGUGACAACGAUGUCUUCUACCAAUGUCUAUCGGGCUCUUUCUACAACUUGUACGAUGAAUCCAUUGGUGCCCAAUGUUCUCCAGUCCACUUGGAAAUCGUCAAGUUGGUUGAUUGUUAA